UCCAGCAGUAGUCGAGCGGUUCGCACGUAGUGUCACGGCUCGCGUCUCGUGUCCGUGUACAAUACAAUUAAUACAUACAUAGCGCUGUAUAUGUGUGUUCUUCAUUCGGUCGCCCUUGGAAAUAGUGAUUGAGAAAAAAAAGUUUUUUUUUUCGCUUGCUUUUGUACACACUGUGCUGUGAAUGUUUCAAAGUAGGAGGAGGUAAAGCAGAAGGCAGAAGACGAAUGUUAAGAAGAAGCAACAGCAAGCAAAAUACGAAAGAAGUGCUUUUGUGUGGUGAACAAGGCUGUCGGUGUGUCUGUGGUGCUGCACCACUAUGAAGGAGGUGAAAAGUUACUGAAAAAUUUCUAUCCGUGCAAGCAAAAGUGAACAUCGGCAAUUGUAGCAGUGCGUUUUUCUCGUAAACUGCCGUAUCGUGAUACAGUUACUUCGCAAACAGUGGGGACCAAUCGAAAGAGGAUCUUGGCCCAAACUUGGCAAUUCGCAUCCACACAAGGGGGAGCUUUGAGAUUGUGGCAAACGCGUUAAACAACCGUGAUUUGAAUGCUCAAUGAAGCAGUGAUAUUUGAGUGCGAAGAAGUGUUCGAGACGAUUACGAAACCGAGUAAGCAAUUGAGGUUUCUAGCGAAACCCUGAAAAUUCGCACGCGUGUGGAUCGUUAAACUAGCAACUUUCUCUAUCCGUAGAUAUCCGAUUCCGGUCGGAGUUGGCUGCACAGUAGAGCCUGGCAGCCGAGUUGGGUGUCGAUUUUCUCACCAAACCGCCCUCCGUUUGGGUUUGCACAAGAAGAAACAAAGGAAAGUUGCCCCCGAAGGAGUAGAAAACGGAACAAACCGAUGAAACUGUCGAGAGUGUUGCAAGAAAAGUUCCACGCGUACAUGUGAGAAGCGCAGCUCUCAACGGCGGUAAGUGGCAAGUGUGCGUUUCCGUCGUUGAGUCGGUGUUGGUGCAGAAGUGUUUACGGCGGUGCGUUGGUGGUAGUGACUGGGCACCUGAAAGGCGAUUGACGACUACUUUCCAUUGUUUCCGAAAAAGUGUAGGCGCUGCUGAACCAGAGAAGAAUCGAAAGAAACCGUCAGUGAAAUGAGGAUGAAUUAUUGUGCAAUUAGUGCCGGCGGUCUUGGCCAUCAAUCUUUGGCCUAAGCUGCGCCUUGGUCCGUCCGGAACCUUCAGCUGUGCAAGUCUGUGUGUGCGCCAAGUGUUUUCGCGAAAGAAACCUCCGCUGUGCUGUGCCGUGGAUUGUUCGGUGAUUUAUUGCCAGAUUCGUGCCAAGGUGCAAUCCGUGAUUGUUGUUCUGUAUGUGGAAUCGACCCUAAAACCGAAAGAAUGAUGUCGCUGUUGCGACCGAUGGUCGAUGCGUUCCGUUGUUCUGAUUGGAUUACAACAACAGUAGCGCUAGCGCUACGCCCUCCUGUGUGCAAUAUGGAUUAAGUAGGUGCUAUUUUUAGUGUCAGUUCAGUGUCGACGUCUUCGUCCACUUGGCCACCGCAACUGUCGUCGUCAUCGUCUUCUUCGCCACAGUGAAUGUGUGAAUGUGAUGACCCCAUUCUUGGGCACCAGGCACUUUGGUCUGCAACAUUUUACGUUUUUUUUUGGAUUACCACCGUCUUCAUUAUCAUCACCGAUUAUCAUCGAUCGUAGCGUGAUAUCUGUCUGUUAUUGUGUUUUGUUUCCGAAGUGAAGUCACCCUAAUCGAAACUAGGAUUACCCGUGGCUAAGAGUUAACUGUGAUUGCCGACUGAAGCAGCAACAAUUAGAGAAAUAGUGAGAAGCUGAUCAAAAGAAAAGGAUAGCUUACAACCGUUAAUAAUCGCACCAAUCAACAACUGCUAACAAAUGUCGCGACAGUACGAAGACGUGCAAGUUCAACUCACCGAAAGCAGCGCCAGCUAGGGCACCGUAUCAGCAUCCAAAUCAAAUUAAGAACAUGGAAUCAGCACAAGAGGCCGGCUCUCCGCCGGAUCAGUCGCAACCAGCGACAGAUCCUUUAGCGAUUGGCGAACAGCCCGAUCAACAAGAACCGAGUUCUACGGAGAUGGAACCCGCUUCCACAGUGGAACCACAGUCAAGCAAAGAGGCUGAAUCUGCGCAACCACCGGAUAUUUCCGAGCCACAUAAUCCUGAGCAACCGACUGUCGAAACGCAGCCCCCAGCCGCGAAAAGCCCUCCAGUUGAACCGUCUUCCGCAGAAAUAGUCACGGUCAACACCUUAGACAAUGUAAUGAAAUCACCCACUCAGGAGCCCAUGGUAGAUCCACUGGCUCCCAGUGAACCUCCACCAGCAGUGACGGAAGAAUGUCAAACAACAGAACCUGCAAAGGUUUCGACACCACCCCGGGAAGAACCCAUCGUUCCCAAGGAAGACAAACCUGAUCCCGCAUCCCAAGAAAAUAGCGUCACUGUAAGCAGUACUGAGAUGACGGACCUGGUUCAACAGAAUCAGCCAUCCGAAGAGGACGUAUCGGCCAAUGCUCAACCAACUUCAUCAGAUAAUCCAACGGAGACGCCUACGGAAACUCCAAACCCAACCAAUACUUCAAACGAGGUUCCCUCGAGCAGUAACAAUAGCAGUAGUACUAGUAAUACCAACAGCUUUAUCGCUGGCAACAGCAGCAGUAGUGGUAAUAGUGGAAGCAGCCUCGGCAUCCGGAAUGUCGUUACUAGUGAUAAUAGUCUAAAGAUAAACGGUAUUAGUGAUCUUAGCAUACUCGAUGUUACCCAAGGUAACGACGACGAGAUUGAAGUGAAAGUCGAGGGUGGCAGUCUGAUGCACAAGGUGAUAAAGUUUUCCCUUUUGAACGGGAUGCAGGACAGUAGCAAACGACUGGAGAAUAGUAGAUUGAUAAUGAGUGGUGUUGGCAGCAAUCCCACCAUUGAAAAAACCUUGGCGACGACUUCGUCCCUCGGUAGGACUGCUCUAGGCGGUGGCCCCUUACGACAAAGUGAUAAAGCAAAGGAAGAAGGUUUUAAAGGCGGUGGCAGCGGUACGUUUGACAGUUCCAAGACCACACCGCCAGCGUGCUCCAAUGCUCGACCUGCUUCCGCAGAACCGAGUUCUUCACCGAGCAGCUCCAACAGUAACAGUAGUGACAGUGGAAGCAAUGCAAACAACAGCGACAGCUCUGAAUCGAAACCCAAUCGGACAGAAGAGCCUAGCGAACAGGUGGUACAUUCCGUAGACGCUAAAGUCAACAGUGGUGCCAAUGUUGAAAACGUUCGCGAAGAAAGUGUUAGUGAUACCUAUAGUAAAAGUGCUUCGUUGGACUUCCGAGAGUGGCCUCAAACUAGCACGGGUUCAACGGUUCCUGCAGCUAGCAGUCCCACUGCUUCGACCACAACUACAGCGGUAGUGGCAGUGAGUACUGCUGCUUCCUUAGAUAUAUCAAAUGCCAACAAGGAGACUGAGCAAUCAACAAACUCAAACAAUGCUGCCCCAAUCGCAAAACGUCCCAAAGCGAUGUAUUACGCAGAAUUACCAGACUUUAGCAAGCCAAUGUUCUCUGCAUCGAGUCUGACAUCGAAUACUCCCUCAUCUACCACUUCAAGCAGAGAUCGCAAUAGCUCGGCACCCACCAAAAGCCUAAGCCAACUGCAGAUGAAGACGCCUGACUUUAGUCGGAUCAUUGGCCCUCAAUCCAGCACCGUCACAAGUCCUCCAGUAUCUGCGUCCACAGCUCCAGCACCAGUAUCAACGACAACUGCAAGAUCUCAUGAGCUGCAGAUCGCCAAUCCUGAUUUCUCCAAAAGUUUUGCCGCCAAACAGCAUCAAUCGAUGCCUACAACGUCCGCAGCAUCGUCUUCCAGGCCAGAAGAACGGUCCUCCUACAUGAAUCCAUCAUCUUUCGCCGAAAUCAGUAAACAGCGAAAUUACAUCAGUGAUCUACAGCUAAAAAAUCCAGCCUUCCCAGAGAGCAUUACUUCACAACCUGGAGUUGUGAAAGCUCCACCACCCAGCGGUGCUCAGCAAGGUCCGUCGAAUCUCAAUAGUUACAGAAUCGAGAAAUCAGCUCCAACAGCAUCGAAGCCGUACCCCCCAAAUAUGUAUAGGCAAGAGUCUACCGCCCAAGUCCAGCUGGAGGAACCCAAAGCGCACGUAAUUCACAAAGCAGCUGGUAUUCCAGAAUCCUCAAAACCCUGGAAUCCUGCUUUAGAGUACCCAUCCAAACCGUACAAUCAACCAAAUGAGAGGGAUCGUUAUCCCCAGUCCUACCCAACCGGACCCAAAGGGCCAUCCCCUCUGGGCAAUGAACCUCCUGCUCAAUCUUAUCCAGGCUAUCCACCAUAUCCGCCCAGUAAGAGCAAGGAGUCAACUCCAUCUUCCGUGCCGGUCACGCAUCCAGGUGGAAUCAUCGUCAACAAUGUUAAGACGUACUACCCAGAACCGCAUCAACCGCUGCCGAAAUCGAAAGACCUCGAGUUCAGACUGGAACAUAAAGAAAAACAACUCCGCCAAGAAGGCACCAUCAUUACGCUCAAAACUAAUGACAGUCGUCCAGCGGCCAGCAAUCCACAACCAGCUCAAAAUUCCCACUACCCUUCUCAAUCUUACCAAACUCCGCGGUCACGGUCUCCUGCCUCGGAACGUCGAAAUGAAACUCAAGAAAUUCUCUAUCGAGACUUCAAGCUCAAACAAUCGUACGAGAUGCCACCACAGUCUUCCUUGCGGAUGCCUCCGUCCGCUAGACAACAAGAGGAGCUUCGACCUCGCGUCAGCCAAGAGCAUACCCUUCCUCGAGAUCGAUCGCCCUAUGAUCCGUACUACCGUGGACCACAGUCCGCCCCUCCAAACCCCUCGGGCUCUAAAUACUACCCUCCUCCCGAGCAUCACAAGCAAUCUGUUAGUCCUGCUUCAUCUGCUACUCCAUCACCCACACCGAUGCACGCGCAGAAUCGAAGUCCUGUGCCAGCCCCUAGCAAACCUCCCCAGCCUGGACCGAGCGGUAUGAUGCAUCCACCCUCAAAUUGGCCCAACCAAAGCCGAGCAAUCCCUAGCCCUCAUGGAAGCUCCACAUCCUCGCCUUCAUCAGCACCGCCCUCAGUCAGUCCGAAUCACUUCGUACAGCAAAAGAACUCACCUAGUCCAGUACACUCCUAUGGACCCCAACCGGGUCCGAGUCAUGCUUACAAAUCUCCUAGUCCUUCGUCAUCGUCUUCACCGUCUCCCUAUGUGGGACCACCACCUCCACCCGGUGCUGUGACCAAGUAUACACAAUAUUAUCCUACGGGAAACGGGGAACGAGUGGUUAGCAUAGAAAUCAACAAGGAAACCUACAAACCGGGCUACAAAGAAUUGGACUACAACAUGGAGCAGAAGUUUGCUGAAGUCUAUCAGGCCCAUGAACUGAAGGAGAAGCAAGCCAAAGCUGCUGUUAAGGUUGUUGAACCACAUCGCUCACAACCCUAUCCUGGUGGAGCAACAGAAUACUCAUACAGACAAGCUCCCUAUAAACCUGCUGAUAGCAGACCCAUGAAGCAUACCGAGAUGAAUAUGGAAGGCCUCGGGUCAUUCCUACCUCAGCAGUACACCCUCAAGGGACACGGUACCCACCGCAGGACAAUCCCAACUAUGGACAGUAUUAUCAGCAGCGUGUAGCUUCCGAUGUGGAAAUACGCAAAUCCGAACCACCCAGCCUUACAAAUCCUCUAGUCGGGAUUCCUCGCCCGCGCAACGAUACAGUUCUAGUGAAUCACUGUAUCAUCACCCAAAGCAAUCUGGGUAUCCUCCAACUCAAGCUUCAAGUUCCAAAGCGCAACCCCCGCAUCAUCCCAUGUACCCCCCGGCGGGGAGCGAACAUCCAGGAUCUUCGUCUCAAUACGGCCCUGUGGGGAAAAGCCCUUAUCCAAGCUCAUCGUACGAACGGCCUCCGGACAAUCCAUCUGUGAUAAGCAAUACCUACAGUCAAGAACGUGGCUCGUCGAGUAGAUCUAUGUAUCCAGAAGCCAGACAACAUCCUCACGUGGAUCCAUAUCCAGCGGCGGGACAUCCAUAUCAACCGGCCGUACCUCCAGCCAAAUCAGCUUCCUCGCAUCCUUACCCGCACCUUCCAGGACAGGCUCCAGCUGUACCUUCUACGAGUAGAGACAAUCGAGGUGCACCUACAUGGCGGUAUCAACAACAACAGCAGCAGCAGCAGCCCCAACAACCACAACAACAACAACAGCAGCAGCAGCAGCAGCAGCAGCAGCAACAACCCCAAAUCCCCCAACACAACCUGGACCCUCUGGCUACGGUCAUGAUCGGCAUCUCCCUCCCGUUCGAGAUGAACGGAAAAACCCUGUCAUUCAACCACCGGUGAAUAAAAACAUCCCAGUCAAGGUAAUCGCUACGGUCAACUCAACACCAGCAGCACCAUCCUCGACGACGAUAGCACCGGCUACCAGUACCACUAAACGAGAAUCUCCGCUAGAUCUGUCCGUAAAAACGGUCAAAACUAAGGCCGAUUCUACGGGUUGCGACGACUAUGCUCAUAGCAGUAGAAGCCGUGAUGCUCUGCCCAAAGUUAACUUCAAUCCAAACUUUAAGAAGCACAUUCCUAGUGCACCUGAGCGACCAACUCAAGACAUUCGGAAGCAACCUCACCCUGCUCAACCGUCACAACCAUACCAUCCUCACAUGGUGAGAGAACCUCAACCGAUUCCCCCACAUCACCCACAAAUGCAAGCCGCAGGUCCAUCGUCAAAAUCGAUACCUUCAGCAAUGCCUCAACAUCCAGAUCAUCGACAAAUGCCCGUUAUCGGAUCUGGAAUCCCACCAGGUUAUGAUAAGAAGACAGAUGCUUACAUGUCUGCCAACUAUAGAGCUGUCGGUGGUCCCUCAGAUAACAUGCGAGACGCACGGUACCCUCCAGAUAACCGCUAUCCUCCUCAACAACCGAGACCUGAUCAUCCAGAUCAGCAAGCGUAUAGAGGGCAACCACCUCCUGGGCCUUCCUAUCCACCACGAUUACCGCCUGGAGCACCGUUGCCUCCACAUCAAUAUCAAAGUGUUCCACCCAAAUCGGAGCCUUUCUACCCUGGUGGGGCCAAGCCACCAACUUCCGCCUCAAGCAGAAGUGUAUAUUAUCCACCACAUGAAGUGGCACGCAGCAGUAAGCAUCCUCCGGGAAUUCCCAAACUGUCGAUGGAUGACCCUCGAAUCGAAGAUCGAAGGUUUGUAGAAAGCAUGCUCAAAAAGCAAGCCUCUCCAUCAGCUGAGGUCAUUGCCGAUCUGCAAGCAGGAAAAUUCUCAACUAGAAUACCAGGCGCUCUGGCUCCUGCCAAGAAACGUCCUGCAGAGGCUAUUCCGAAGACGUCUCCACCGAAAGUACCUCGCCUAGAUGAACCAAAUCUGCAUCGGCCGUAUGAAAACAGUUAUCGUUAUCCUCCACAUCCAGGUCCUGCAGCUCCACGAGAUUAUUACCAGGUUCCUAUCAAGCAUGAACCAGCAAGCCCUCAACCUGCCGGAAUUUACUACGCAGAAAAACGUUCUGAGAUGCCUUCGAUAACGCGAGGAGUGCUGAAUACGCCACAAAGCCAACCACUAUCAUCCAUGGCAAACCACUCGGUGCUUCAACCCAACACUCAUCAGAAUACUCGUCCUAUUGAUUCUCAUACUUCAGUCAUCACUAGCUAUCACCCUCCCAGCAGUAGACCUGAAGUUCCAAGGGCCCGGGAAGAAUCCCCAAACCAGAGGGAUUACCGCCAACAACCACCAUUCGGUCAACCGGAUGAUCGACUUUUCUAUCCGAAGCCGGAGCCCUUUCGUCACGGCCACGGUGAUUCAAAGUACUUUGGAUCAUCGUUAGAUAAAACCUCCUCGUCGUCGACAAAUUCUGCUGAGCCAACCAACAAUCAGCAUCAACAGCCCCCAACUGUAGUCAUGCAGUCUCAUAUUCAGUAUGGUGGACAGAAACCACCUCAACCACAAUCUUCAUCACAACCGUCAAUUCAAAACUACAAACGUCCUGAAGUUCUGCAAAGUGCUUUACGGCCCGAGUACUAUAACUUUCCAAACCAUGCACAAACCAAGCCGUCAAGCAUGAUCGAAACUCAU